AAUUUUAGAGGUUAGACCGCCACGAAAGCGUCACUGCACACGGCAUUCCCCUCCCCUAGCGUUAUCGUCGCACCAUAAAUAACCAUCCUCUCCUCGCCUUUCCCCACAUCUCAUCUUCGUCUGUGUUCUUGGGCGUACGCGGACACAGCCCCGAUCCGAAUCGUCGUCCUUGCGAGCCUCGCCGAUCCCCCACUCCCCUCCCCUCGCUUCAAGAUGCAGAUCUUUGUGAAGACCCUCACCGGCAAGACUAUCACCCUCGAGGUGGAGUCUUCUGACACCAUUGACAAUGUCAAGGCUAAGAUCCAGGACAAGGAGGGCAUCCCUCCUGACCAGCAGCGGCUUAUCUUCGCCGGCAAGCAGCUUGAGGACGGACGCACACUUGCUGACUACAACAUCCAGAAGGAGUCAACCCUCCACUUGGUGCUGCGCCUUAGGGGAGGCAUGCAGAUCUUUGUCAAGACCUUGACUGGCAAGACAAUCACCCUUGAGGUGGAGUCCUCAGACACCAUUGACAAUGUCAAGGCAAAGAUCCAGGACAAGGAGGGCAUCCCACCUGACCAGCAACGUCUCAUCUUUGCCGGCAAGCAGUUGGAGGAUGGGAGGACCCUUGCUGACUACAACAUCCAGAAGGAGAGCACCCUCCACUUGGUGCUGCGUCUUAGGGGUGGUAUGCAGAUCUUUGUGAAAACCCUUACUGGCAAGACCAUCACUCUUGAGGUGGAGUCUUCAGAUACCAUUGACAAUGUCAAGGCCAAGAUCCAGGACAAGGAGGGCAUCCCGCCGGACCAGCAGCGUCUUAUCUUUGCCGGCAAGCAGCUGGAGGAUGGACGCACCCUUGCGGAUUACAACAUUCAGAAGGAGAGCACCCUCCACCUGGUGCUGCGCCUCAGGGGAGGAAUGCAGAUCUUCGUGAAGACAUUGACUGGCAAGACCAUCACCUUGGAGGUUGAGAGCUCCGACACCAUUGAUAAUGUGAAGGCCAAGAUCCAGGACAAGGAGGGUAUCCCCCCGGACCAGCAGCGGCUGAUCUUCGCCGGCAAGCAGCUGGAGGAUGGUCGCACCUUGGCUGACUACAACAUCCAGAAGGAGAGCACCCUCCAUCUGGUGCUCCGCCUGAGGGGCGGUAUGCAGAUCUUUGUGAAGACCUUGACUGGCAAGACCAUAACCCUGGAGGUUGAGAGCUCUGACACCAUCGACAACGUGAAGGCUAAGAUCCAGGACAAGGAGGGGAUUCCCCCAGACCAGCAGCGUCUGAUCUUCGCCGGCAAGCAGCUGGAGGAUGGUCGCACCCUUGCAGACUACAAUAUCCAGAAGGAGAGCACCCUCCACCUGGUGCUCCGUCUUCGCGGUGGUUAUUAAGCCAUCAGUCGUUGAAGCUGCUGCUGUAUCUGGGUUAUCUAGUGUCUCUGCCAUUGCCCAUGGAUGGUGCUGUCUUUCAAAGUAUUUGUAUGGUUUGUGUCGUGAGUCGUGACUGAGCUGGUUUCAUGGACCAGUUGUGUUCUCGUUACCCAAAACUAUCGUGCGACCGCAUAUGGCUUAAUCAUGAAUAAAUGUUGUUUGAAUUU